CGACAGCCCGGGCAGAAUCAUGGAGGAUGUAAGGGUCCAGGAAGGAUCACAUGGCACGGAAGUGCUAUAGACAGGACGAAGACCCUAAUUACAGGACUAAGUACGGAUUACGCGUGCAAAGCUGCAGAGAGAGAGAGCGAGAGAGGCGUUAGCUGCCUGAGCAUGUGAGCUUGAGCUACGCAUGAGUGGACUAUAAGUUCAUGUACUAGUACGCACGACUGGAGCUAUCGCGUCCAUUGAUUUUUUCAUACCCUGAGAUCACCGGCUAGUUGGCCUGUUAGAGCUGAUUCGCGCCGUUACUUCCUUGCUUUCAUGCUGUCAGUAUCCGGUUUUGUUGCGUUACAUGCGAUUCUGUAGGAAGCCGUAGUUUUGAUACCACCUUCCGUCUUCCAUCUUCCAGCCGUAGUCGCUGGGAGACCACGCGACCAGUGUCGCAACGGCUUCGCACAGCGUUGUGUCAAUCAUGUCGCCAGCUCGCCACAGCCGGUCGCUCUCUCCCUCACUCAUCGUCGCACGCGUCGCCGCAGCAGCAAUCGCCGUCGCGCUGCUUGCGGCUGUGCCGGGCCACGCGCAACCCGCUAAAACCGCAGGUGGGUGCACGAACUACGGCAAGGGAACGUGGGUACGCGAUAACAGCCGCCCCGCUUACGACUCCAACACAUGCAAGUUCAUGGGAGUGAGCAACUGCCUCAGGCAAACCGGGAGAUCAAAAGACUGGCUGUACUGGUCUUGGAAGCCCAAUGGUUGUCCUGCCAACGGCAUGCGGUUUGAUGCUCUGGGAUUCUUGAAGCUGAUGAAAAACAAGGUGUUUGCCAGUGUGGGGGAGUCUAUCUCCGUUAGAGGCUUCCUCCUUGCUGUCGUCUGCAAUGUCGCUAAAUACACCGAAGUGAAGAUGCUGGCUAAGCCAAACAAGUUCGGCAACACGGAGGUGUACUACGUGCCCAGUCACAACGUGACACUUGUCAACUUCUGGGCGGCGUUUCUUGUCGCCAUUGACACGAGCAAGGAGACCCUGGCCAGGUUCGGCAACACCAAGCCUGCCCUCCAAGACACGGUGGUGAACCUCCACAAGCUCGACCCCGCCUGGGCGGCACAUCUGGACAAAGUCCACGUCAUCGUGUUGCAGACUGCCGCAGACUGGCCGGCAGGGCGCGACCUUAUGCGGCGGUACUAUACGGAUGCGAAUUGGAACGCGAUUACGCCCAAGCCAUCUACCUAUGGGGCUUACGAAAUCGCCAUGCGCACAGUGUUCAACGCCUUUGCAGGGCGGAGCACGAGGGGCAAGCCCUUCCCCGUGCCCUUCUUCCUCUCUGCCCCCCCUCGCCUCAACGGCUGCCAGAACGUCUCGUCCCUCAGCUCUCCACAGCAGGUGACAUCUCUCUUCAACGACAACAAAGCCUCCAAGAGCUUCCUCCCCAUUCAGCAAAAGGUCUUCCAGAACCGGCGGCCGUUCCGCUUCCUCCCGAUCACGUACCUCUCCCUGUUCCGAGGGGAUGCGUUUAUGUCAUCCAGCGGGGCGCAUGACGGGGGGAGAGACUGCCUGCACUUCUGCUUACCUGGCGUGCCUGACACCUGGGCGGACGCCCUUUAUACGACGAUGAAGAGUGACCAGUUUCUGGUGAAUAAUGCUGCCAAAUAGAGGGGGGGGGCUAGCCGGUAUGGGUGCAGCGAUCACCCACCCACCUCUCCCUGUUCUGAGGAGACGCCUUGAUGUCAUCCAGUGGGGCCCACGAUGGGGGGAGGGACUGCCUGCACGUCUGCCUGCCAGAGGUGCCUGAUGUGUGGGCUGAUGCCCUCAAUACCACCAUGAAGACUGACCAAUCCCUGGUUUAACAAUGCCGCUAAAUAGAGGUUGCAAGCGGAUAGUAGUAGUUGAAUAAGGGUGCAGCGAUUAACUGCCUGUCCCUGUUCCGAGGAGACGCGCUUUCAAGUCGUCCAGUGGGCCCCACGAAGGGGGGAGGGACUGCCUGCACUUCUGCUUACCAGGAAGGGUGCCUGUUGUGUGGGCUGAUGCCGCCUGCUACCCUGCAAGGACGACUGACCAGGUUCUAGUGAGCAAUGCGGCUUUGCAAGGGCAGUAAGUUGGGGAAAGGUGCAGGUGCAUGCAGCAUCACCUAUCGUUUUGGGCUUUCAUCAAACGUGCAGCCAAGGGUGCUGCUAAGUUGCUACGGUUGCGAGCAUGGAGCUACGGUAGGAAAAAGAAGGCAAAAAGAAGGUUGAGAAUACUUUCAUGUUUAUUCUGUUAUGGUGCACGUUGAUGAAUCUGCGGUACAU